AUGGCACUCGCUAAGUGCUCUCCGGUCGCAGAACCAGCUCACUCGCCUUCCGGCAUCUUCCGAGUUCAGUUCAGGCGCCGCAGCUCGGUGCCAUCCCUGGACUACGACGACGGCUUCUGGCGCGGAGCCGAGAGAACGCGGCAUGGGGGCAUGAGGCAUGGGGCGUGGAGCACUUGUUUCAUUGGACCACGACCCAACAGCCCAAGCGAGCAGAACGAACAAGCAGAUCCCUUUCCGAACGGGGCACUUUGCUUCGACCGAGCUGCGCCUGUCCAACUCUUUGAAGCUGGAGCCGGCAGUGAGCAAGUCGAUGGCAGGAGCGACAUGCAGGAGCGCGUGCGGAAUGAGAAGAGUGAGCUCUAUGAGGAGCCAAGGGCGUGCGCGGCCACGUUGCCGUUCAGGUCUCAGGGCGCGGACAGCCCGUCGCACUCCCAGCUCCAGGCUGGGGCGAUGCGGGUGCACGGGCACUUCACCUUCGGAGGGCCGCAGAAGGUCAAGGAGGAACGGGUGACGAGAGCGAAGACGAGUAUGGAGAGCGUGGACCCGAAGGCCCUGGCGGAGCGAAGGCGCUUUUGGCUAGGCGAUCUCGCAGCCGAGGACAAGUCAGCGGAGUCAGGCGACGAAUCGCCCGUCCAGAAGGCUCGGACUUGGCGGGGACCCGUCCGAGCCUCCCCCUCGCUGUCGCCGAGCCUCCGGCGGAGCGCUAGCCCUCGCAGGAGCUUCUUUCCCGCCAAGGAGGAGGGCGAUUUACCGAGCCACUUCUCAGCAGGCUUUUCCGGCCGUGCGGCUCGCAUCUUCAUGCCCACGAAAAUCCGCCGCAGUCCAAGCCCGUCUGGAUUCGUGAAGCUGGAGGGCGGUGUGGUGAAGUUCGCAGAUGUGUGCAGAGAGCCCGCUCCGGUCCCCUCGUUUGGCAAACUGCGGGGCCGAUCAAAGGAGACGAGCAAGUCUCCGACCAGAGAGAGGAAGUCCCUGCGAGGCUUGAAAGACUUCCGUCGGGGGAGUUCGAUCUUCCGACGUUCGUGGACCACUCCACAGAAGGAGGCCGCGAAGAGCCUUUACGAGCGCUCCCUCACGCGGGAGUUGAUCGAGAGGAAGGUGUCAAAGCGCAAGAAGAGGGCCCAGGAUGCCGCCCGGAAGCUUGAAGCGGUGCCGACGGCAAGGCGGAUGUCGACACAGGUGCGCCGAGGCAGCUUGGUUCAGCGCCGGGCGUUGGUCACCGAGUUGGGCCCCAUGCUGGUGACCCACUACCGCAGCGAGCGGCGUGAUCGGUCUCGGAGCCACGAGAGCCCGAGCCCGCGGAGCCCGCGGAGCCCCCGGAGCCCGAAGCGUGAGAUCACGCCGCCCAAGGUGCAGGUGAUGAAGCCACAAGUGCCUUCCGUGCGGCCGGUGCUUUCUGGCUGGACCAAGCGAGAGGCGCCCGUUUUGGUCCCGCCCGUCCCACUGGCCCCGGCUCCGUCCCCGGCCUCGCCGGCGCCGGCGCCGUCGCCGCCGCCGGCGGGCGCGCUGCUGGCGCCUCCGGGCGUGGCGCCGGUGAAAGCGCCCGAGGCGCCCAAGAUCUACACCCCGAAGGAGCCAGGCUGCGAGGAGGGGAAGAUCGGCACCAUGCGGAAGAUGUCGCUGCUGCCUCCCAGGAAGAUGGCAGAGCUGCCAGUGGACGAGGCGCAAGAGCGGCUGAAGAUGAACCUCAUGCUGUUCCAUCGCCGGGCAGGUGACAACAGCCGAGCAGAUGCCCCAACGCUGCUGCCACCAGUGGCCCCGUUGCCGGUGCCGAUGGUCGCGAAGCCCGAGGAGAUCGCGCCGCUGUGGCCCAAGAAGGCCCCGCUGCCUCACUUCUCCAGUCUCAAAGGCGGCGUGCCGAAGCUUCAGCUAGGCGAGCUGCAGCCUUUGAGCGCGCGGCGGGCUUCCAGAACCGAAAGGAGUGGGACGCCAGAUGCGAGCGAGGUCAACCAGAAGGCCCGGGAGAUGCUCAAGUACCUGCAGAGCUUUGAGAGAGCUCCGCUGCAGCGGGUGUUGUCCUCCAGAGAGCGCAGGAGAUCCAGAUCCCGAUCCAGGUCUCCUUGUGAUCCAGACGCAAAGACUCAGACGCCACGACUCCCGCCCAUCGAGAAGGAAGGUGGCCACGUAUCAGCGCAGGCGGCGGCCUGGCACCAGUUCCUGGAGCAGCGCCUGGGGCGACACAUCCGCUCCUUCAGUAAAUCCUCGCCGCCCUCGCGCGUGGAGAGCCGGGACAUCCGAAGCCUGGUCUUGGACUAGGACAUGAGGACUUGAAGGGUGGCACUCCUGUGUUAGGUCACUUGGGCUCAGCAAGGCUGUGGCCAUAUUUUCAACGGCAGACCUGCUGUAGGCCUUGUGCUGAAAAACGCAGCAGGCCAUGCCCUUUAUGAAGGACUCGAGAGGCGUCGGCAGGACCUUCAUGUCUUGAUCAAUCUUUUGGAGCGAGAAGUUCAUGACGAUCUAGGCAGAACACGGCGAGGCAUCGAGAGUGUUUAAUUGAGGGGCGCGCAAAACGCAUCCAAGAUGCUUGCAUGUCUUCUCCAAACAGAGCUUGGAAGGAGAGGUUUGGAGC